UACUGUUUGCCCUCCAUUCCCCCCUGCUCCCCCUUCCCGCAUAUAAAAUGUCCACGAGAUUCCUCCUUUCCAGUAAAAAUCCAACACCCAAACCCGAGCUGCCCCCCUCUCGAGAAUCCAUCGCCCUUCCCCUUUCCCUUCUCUCUUCUCUCUCGCGCUCCAAGCUCCCACCAUUCCCUUCCCCAAACCCGAUCUCCUCGCCCUCUUCUUCGAUUGGAUCCUCCGUAUCGCGCCGGUCCUCCAGAUUCUUGCCCUAAUCGCGCGUUCCGGCGGAAUUCUAGGGUUUUUGGGGCGCCUGGGGGCUCGGGAACGGGGUCCAGCGGGGAGAGAUGGACUCGGAGGACGACAUGCACGACGCCAACGAUCUGGAGUCCCUGGACGACGACUUCUACAGCGGGGAGACCGCGAUGGGCAGCGACGAUGGGGACGCCGGUUACGAUUUCGUGGAUAACGAGUCGGACGACUCCGAGGACAUCACCUCCCAUCGGCAGCAGCAAAACUAUACUAUUUUGAGUGAAGCUGAUAUACGGCAGCAUCAGGAGGAAGACAUAAAUAGGGUCUCUAUUGUACUUUCAAUAUCAAGGUCUGCAGCAUGCAUCCUUCUGCGCCAUUAUAACUGGAGUGUUAGUAAGGUGCAUGAUGAAUGGUUUGCAGAUGAAGAAAAUGUUCGGAAGGCUGUUGGCUUGUUGGAGAAUCCAGUGGAAAUGCAAAAUGCUAGGGAACUGUCUUGUGGAAUUUGUUUUGAAAACUAUCCCCAUAAUAACAUGAGUGCUGCUGCUUGUGGCCAUCAUUUUUGUGGUUCAUGCUGGAGAGGUUAUAUUGGUACAUCAAUAAGUGAUGGCCCAGGAUGCUUAACGUUGCGAUGCCCUGAUCCAUCAUGUAGUGCUGCUGUUGGUCAAGACAUGAUUAAUGUAUUAGCAACUGAUGAAGAUAAGGAGAAGUACUCGCGCUAUCUUCUUAGGUCUUAUAUUGAAGAUAACAGAAAGACAAAAUGGUGUCCUGCUCCUGGUUGUGAUUUUGCAGUGGAAUUUGUGAUCGGUAGUGGAAACUAUGAUGUUUGUUGCAAUUGUUCAUACAACUUUUGUUGGAAUUGUACUGAAGAAGCUCACCGGCCUGUGGACUGUGGCACAGUAGCAAAGUGGAUAUUAAAGAAUAGUGCAGAGUCUGAAAACAUGAACUGUUUGUUUUUCAGGAUAUUAGCUAACUCCAAGCCCUGUCCAAAGUGCAAGCGUCCUAUUGAGAAAAACCAGGGGUGUAUGCAUAUUACAUGCACACCUCCUUGUAAAUAUGAGUUUUGCUGGUUAUGUCUUGGUGCAUGGUCAGACCAUGGGGAGAGGACUGGUGGUUUCUAUGCUUGCAAUCGUUAUGAAGCAGCCAAGCAGGAGGGGGCGUAUGAUGAAUCUGAAAGGAGAAGAGAAAUGGCUAAAAACUCUCUUGAGAGGUACACACAUUAUUAUGAGCGAUGGGCCACCAAUCAAUCAUCAAGGCAGAAAGCACUUACAGAUCUACAUAGUAUGCAAACUGAAAAGCUUGAGAAGUUAAGCGACAGACAAAGCCAACCUGAGUCCCAGCUCAAGUUCAUAAUAGAAGCCUGGUUACAGAUUGUGGAAUGUAGACGAGUAUUAAAGUGGACAUAUGCAUAUGGUUACUACCUGCCUGAGCACGAACAUGCCAAAAGACAAUUCUUUGAAUAUUUGCAAGGUGAGGCUGAGUCUGGGUUAGAGCGUCUUCAUCAAUGUGCAGAGAAGGAGCUCCAAGUCUACCUUGAUGCGGAAACUCCCAUGAAGGACUUCAAUGACUUCCGUACAAAGCUUGCUGGCCUAACCAGUGUAACUCGAAACUACUUUGAGAAUCUUGUUCGAGCCCUGGAAACUGGCUUGAAGGAUGUGGGCUCUUCCAAUAACCAGGCCACAUGCAGCAAGACUUCGAGCUCCAAGUGCCUGGGAGGCAAGAGUAAAAGUGGAAAGAUAAAGGCUGGUGGGACCAGCUCUAAAUCUGGUGGUCCUAGCCGCAGCUUGGAUGAAAGCAAUCUCUGGUCAUGUGAUCAGUGUACCUAUGCCAACCCCAGGUCCACGAACAUGUGUCAGAUGUGUGAGCAUCGCCGAUAGACCAUGUAGAGCUUCCUCCUGCAUCCAGAUAGCAUUUUAUCUGUAAAAAUCCUCUCCCUUAACCUGUUCCACUGGCCUGACUUGUUGGUAGAAUCAUGUUCCAUGAUGCUGGCAAGAAUGUAUUGUUAAUCUCCUCCUAGGUUGUGAGUGUUAGAGGAAGUGGAAUAAAAAAGAGAGGAAGGGAAAACAAAGGAAAGGAAGGAAGCAAAAAGCUGCCUCUUCGUAUAGUGUUCUGUUUCGUGAUCAGAAACAAGUGAAACAUUGGCUCAUUCUCUGUAUAUAUAUUUAUCUCUGUAUGUGCUUCCCUUGCUUAAUUUAGUCAGAGUCCAGCAUGCUCAGUUGUUGCAAUAAUGAAUUACCCUGAGAAAACAGAUUAUGCCUCAAUUUUUUUCCAUGGUCUGAAUCAAGGUAUGUACCAGUAUAUUAAUGGAAUUAGGUAAACUAUCUGAGUUA